AUGCGUAUACCCUUCUUCUUGGCUUCUUGCUUCAUUUUCCUCGUGCAAGUAACAUUAAUUAGCUGGGCGGCACAAUGGCUGUCAGGGUACAAGAAGGAGCACAUCAGGGUGCAGAUGGUGCACAGCCACCGGCGCCUGAUCGUGCGUGGGGAGCGCCCCGUCGACGGCAACCGCUGGAGCCGCUUCCGCCUCGAGCUCCGCGUCCCCGACGGGUGCGACGCCAAGGCCAUCCACGCCAAGUUCGACAGCGGUGUCGUCCGCGUCACCAUGCCUGGCGUCCUGCCGGAGCCCGUCCCGGUCAUCGACUCCGUCACCGGCGGCACCGGCAAGCAGCAGGAGCCGCCGUUGCCGUCCCCGCCGCCGAAGCAGCAUGCUAGUACGGCCGCCGUGGCCGGCGACGUGCAAGACGGUGGUGGUGAUCGUGAUCGUGCCGCGCGACGAGGACAAGAGGACGACAAGCACGAGACGCCGCGGAAGCAGGAAGCAAGGCAGCGCGUGCUGAGCUCGUCGGCAAAAGACGCCGCCGGCGGCAGUAGCGGUAGCGGUAGCGGCGACGACACUGGUGGGGUAGGGGAGGUGACGGCCGCUUCUCCGUCGGCACGCCAAGGCUACGGCUUCCUCCAUAGCCGGAGGAUGGCCACCACUGUGCUCGGCGUGGUGCUCGUCCUCAUCAGCCUCGGCAUCUAUGUCAAGUACAGCCUCUGGCCAUAA